UUCAGGUAUUUAAUCUCUCAAAUUUCAAAGAAUUAUAGCGCUUUCUGCUUCAAUUCGGCUCUCAGCUGAGCUCCGGGAGUUUGUGACUGGAAUUUAUCAAGUUCCAUUUUGGAUAUGUGUUAUAGGAUGCUCAGUUUGAGGCAUUCUCUUGCAACUAUCAGUAUAGGAUUGCAGUCAGUGGAAUUUGGGGAGAAUCGUCAUCGAUGUCUGGUGGAAUGUGCUGCUAAAGGUCCUCGACCAAGGUACCCUCGCGUGUGGAAAACCAAAAAAAAGAUAGGGACCAUUUCAAAGUCCCUAAAGCUUGUUGAAUGUAUAAAGGGAUUAUCAAAUGUCAAAGAGGAAGUAUAUGGGGCUCUUGAUUCCUUCAUUGCUUGGGAACUCGAAUUUCCGUUGAUUACGGUGAAGAAAGCUUUAAAAAGUCUUGAGAAUGAGAAGGAGUGGAAGAGGAUAAUUCAGGUGACAAAAUGGAUGCUAAGCAAAGGGCAAGGAAGAACCAUGGGAAGUUAUUACACUUUGCUGAAUGCUUUAGCAGAGGAUGAAAGGCUGGAGGAGGCCGAAGAGCUAUGGCAGACACUGUUUACUCGGAACAUAGAAAGUAUGCCGCGCAUGUUCUUUGAGAGGAUGAUCUCUAUCUACUAUCAGAAAGAAAUGCAUGAGAAAAUGUUCGAGAUAUUUGCAGACAUGGAGGAGCUAGGUAUCAGGCCGAAUGUGCCAAUUGUGACGAUGGUGGGGGAGGUUUUCAAGAAACUCGACAUGCUGGACAAAUACGAGAAGCUGAACAGGAAGUAUCCUCCACCAAAGUGGGAAUACCGAUAUAUCAAAGGUAAGCGUGUCAAGAUAAGAAGCCAAUAUGCCGAUCAAAUCGAAGGCGACAGUGAGGUAAAUACCUCUAAAGUUGAAGCUAGUAGUGAUGCAGUUGAACUGCAUGAAAAUGCAGAGGUAAAUAACUUGUAUCUGCCUGAAACAAAGGUUACAGAGUGAUAAUUGUAUUUUUAUUAACAUCA